UCGCUGUUUAUUAGUUGUUGUUUUCGCACCAAUUUCGCUGUGCUUAUUAUUAUUAUUAUUUUUUAUUUUGGAGAUUCUCACAAACUAUAAUUUUCCAUCACUUUCUUGCGAAUGUUAUGCUUUUUUCUCAGUCAUUCCAUUUCUGAUUAAUGAUCACCAGAUUCUGUUCCUUUUUUCUUCUUUGAGAUUUUUUUUUUCCUUUUUUUUUUUUUUGUUUUUUAAAUUGCAAUUGAGAGCUUGAUCGUGCCGAGUAUUAGCGUUGACCUUGGAUGAUUAUAGCGAAUGAAAAUCCACGAUGAGUUUCAGAGUUUGAAUUUUAGGUUUUAGCUUUUUUUUUUUUUUUUUUUUUUUUUUUUAAGUUUUUUUGGGGCAUCGGAAAAAAUGGAUUGGAUAGGCCACGAAUUACAGUAGAGUUGCGAUUUGUGGGUUGAAUAUAUUGAUAUUAGGUUUUGGAUAGGUGGGGGUGUUGUUGAUGGAUACGGAUGGUACGGAUGGUAAUGGAUGUGAAGCAAAGCCUUUGGGAACCGUAGAGAAUACUAAUCAUACAGGGGUGGUGGCGGUCAAGCACGCUAAUGGAGACGACGACAGUGAAUCGAAUUCUUUGUUGCCUCCUCCGAGAGGAGGCAUGUCGAGAAAAUCCGAUAAAGUACGGAGGAAAGUACAGUGGAACGAUCGCAAUGGUAACAAGCUCGUUGAGGUUUUGGAAUUCGAACCCAGCGAUGUGAGUGACUCUGAUGAUGAUGAUUCAGAUUCUUGUAUGUGUACGAUAAUGUAGAUAAAAUUCACCACUCUUGUCAGGGAACUUCGGCUAUAUGAUUGAGGCAUUCUCUACAGUCUGAUUUGACUACUUUUUGAACAAACUGGCUCUGUUUUAACCUAGUCUUGCAAGGAUGGACGAAAAGUCCUGAGCUCAUGGCAAAGGAGUAUUUUGCGUUUAACAUCCAAGUCUAGAAUCAUUUCUUAGGUUGAAAUGAGGUGAACUUUCUUACAGGCAGAUGAAGCAGAGUGAACAAGCAGAUGAAGUGGAGUGAAUAAUCUUCAGGGUUCGAAGAUUAGGAUGAUGGCAGUAUAGUAUGUGUUCUACCACAUGUAACAUAUAGCAAAUCACCUUUUUGAUACUUAUGCCAUAUAUCUUAGUUUGUAUUAUAUAUAUAAUAUAUAUAGAUGUCGUUGGUACUUUGAUACUGAUACUUUUGUGUACUUCCUUUUUCCUUUUUUCCUUCAGGACCUGAAGGAAAUAGAGUCCAUCACUCAUUCUGGUUAUUAAUUUGUGAAUCAAAUAAUGUAUUUGAAGAAUGAUGGCAAUUUAUUCAUCAAGUUCUUUUACUUCUA